UUUUUCUUGUUUUGUUUUGUGAUGAAGAAUUUCAAAUGCGUUCAGGGGCAGAGAUGCAUCAUAUAAAACUGCUUUUUAGCCCUAUAUUGUGUCAGAGGUGGUUUCACACACACGUUUCACACACACUUAAGAGUGCAGCAACACACACUCCAAGCGCUUUGUUAUUUGGUGUGUUUGUUGGUGGGUUGCAGCAGCUUUAAACUUGAUUUUAUAGCUUUACGCACACAGCGCUCUCACCGUGUGCUCUGGUUGUUGCUGAUAAUUUAGGCUUCAGAUGGUUUGGAGGCUUUGGAGAUUUUACAGAUUAGAACAUUUGCUCCGGUCUGUGAUUUGUAGUCGGAUCUGACUAGCCCGCGGGCCCAAAUGUUUCUCAAACUCAUUUCUAAAAUGUUUCCACCAGUCACGUCUUUCCAGAGUCAGGGGGAUUUUUACAGCUGUGGUCGGAGCUGGACUUCGGUCUGGUGAUCAGGGUGGUGCAUUAAGGCGAGGUGAUUGCCCUGCUGUCUUCUUUCUCUGCCUGAACUCCAUGAUGAAUGCUGUUUGGUCUGCUACGUAGGCUCGGAGUGGGCGGGGCCUGCGCGUCUUCCAGCGUUUCCAUUGGUUUUACAGUCAGCUCGGUAGAGAGGGGCUGCCUCUAAUCAUAUCCAGCAUGUUUUGCACAAGAAAUGUCAGCCAGAAAGGGCUACCUUCUGCCUUCGCCAAAAUACACCACAAUAAUGUCAUGUUCGGACAGCCCGUCAGGAAACGCCUUUUUAGUGGAUUCUCUGAUCAGCGGUCGCAGCGAGGGCGGCGGAGGUCACUACACCGGGAGCGCGGUAUGUGUGCCUCACAGCACCGCAGCAGAAGUGCCUUACGGACUACACAACUAUGGAUACUUCCCAGGCAUGGCUAAGCGGAGCGAGGUGGCCCACCAGAACAUGGUGGCCGCCUCAGGCGCGUACAUGUCCAGCAUGGAGAUGUGGAUGGACGCGCAGAGGUCAUGUCGGAUGGACCAAGAGCAACCAGUGGGUGCCCAGGUCACUCCCUGCGCCUUCCCACAGAACAUCAAGGAAGAGAGCACCUACUGCUUGUACGAACAGUCCAAGUGCCCCAAAGCCUCCACCGCCGAAGACCUCACCUAUUCCAGAUUGACCUCAGCCGGACUCGGCUCCAGUUCUUGCUCAGUUACAGAUGGCGGCGGCAGUGGAGGCGGUGGGGGUUCAGUGCCAGUGCCGGGCUACUUCCGCUUGUCUCAGACGCACGCACAUUCUCAUAAACUUUACAACACCAACGGCCCCCAGUCGAACCCUUCCCAUGCCCAUUCCCAUUUUGGCCUCCACCCCAAGGAUCCUGCUCGCUUCCACACGCCACCAACCUCAGCUUCUGCUACAGCCGCCGCGGCGCCGGAAGGAAGGGACACAGUGGAGCACGAGUCCUCUGGAAACGCAGACUUGCAGCAUCCUCACGCCACGUCGGGCACCGAGGAGGCGCGUGACUCCUCGGAUGGAGAACCUUCCUCGGCGGGAGAAACAGAAGAAAAUGAGAAGGAACGAGGAGAAAAGACCAAUAAAGGGGACGCAAAAAGUGAAAACACGGCCAACUGGCUGACUGCAAAGAGCGGCCGAAAGAAGCGCUGCCCGUACACCAAACACCAGACUCUGGAGCUGGAGAAGGAGUUCCUCUUUAACAUGUACCUGACCCGAGAGCGCCGCCUAGAGAUCAGCAAAAGCGUCCACCUAACGGACAGACAGGUUAAAAUCUGGUUCCAGAACCGGAGGAUGAAACUGAAGAAAAUGACCCGGGAGAACCGGAUCCGGGAGCUCACGUCCAACUAUGGCUUCUCGUGACGCGCGAGAAAGUGGUCGAAUAAAAGCAGCAAGAGGAAAACUUUCCACCUCUUUAUCAGUCUCCUUUCAUUUCACUGAGACGUGACCUUCUUUUGUCUCUAGACACGCUCCACGUGAGCGCGUGUCUAGAAAAUCAUAUUGAAGUCACACACACACACACACACACACACACACACACACACACACACACACACACACACACACACACACACACACAGACACACACACACACACACACACACACACACACACACACAUACACACACACACACACACACACACACACACACACACACACACACACACACACACACACACACACACACUGUAAAGUGGCUGAUUUGAUAUAAUUUUUUUCUGCAUGAUGUAAAGAUUUCCUACGCUGACCAGAUGUGCUCCAUCAUGUUAUCAUGUAAGCUGUAGCCUCAGCCAGGACGCGUGAAGGACGAUUUUAAUGUAUAUAUGUGUUUUUGUGUCAUGUCUAAUAAAUUAUCAUCUGAUGAGUA